GGGGAACCACGAGGGUCCCCACGAGGGUCCGGGGGGGGUCCCCACGAGGGUCCUGCGGGGCCGGGAGCCCCUCCAGCCCCUGCCCGUGUUGUGCGGGUCUGGAGCGGAGCGCGGUGUUUUCCCUCCCCCCGCCGGCUCAGCCGGGGCCGGGAAUUGAACGGGAUUCAUCCCCCCCCCCGUGGGCGCCCAUGGAGCGGGCGCUGCUGCCCCGCGUGUGCCGCGCCCUGGGGCUGUGCCGGUGGCCGUGCGGGCCCCGGUGGCCCUGCGGGGUCCGGCACCGCUCCACCCGCGAGCAGCCGCCCCCGCCCGCGGGUCGGGGCGAGGAAGGUCCCCCCGCAUCCCUCCCGCGGGGCCCGGGAGCGGGUCCCGGCUCCGGCGGCUCCCGGGACACCCCGCGGGGACACCCCCGGCCGGGGCACAGAGGGGCCGGGCGGGGGUCGGCAACCGGGCGGGAGCUGUGGCUGUCGCAGCUGGAUGAGCUCCCCAGGGCGAGGAAAGGGAUGGAGCGAAAGCCUCUGCGGCUGGAGAGGACUAAGGGCUCGGAGAUCCUGUUCGGGAUCGGGCCGUGCUCCCUGGCCCUCAGCCAGGCGCGCAGGGACCUGUUCCGGCUGUUCCUCAAGCAGAGCAGCUCCCGGCGGCCCGUCAUGAGCGAGUUUGUGCUCCAGGCCACGGCCCGAGGGGUCCCGGUGCUGCACGUCCAGCGCAGGGAGCUGGACGAGCUCUGCAGGGGUCAGGUCCACCAGGGAGUGUGUCUGGAGGCCACCCCGCUCCGGUUCAAGAGUUUGGAGGAUGCUGAAACGCCCGGUUUGGGGGAUGAUGCGAGUGGGAAGCGGCAGCUGAUCUGGCUGGUGCUGGAGCAGAUCCAGGACCCCAUGAACCUGGGGGCACUGCUGCGCUCCGCGUACUUCCUGGGGGUGGACAGAGUGGUGACCAGCCACAGGAACAGCUGCCCCCUGACUCCGACAGUGAGCAAAGCCAGUGCUGGAGCCAUGGAGGUCUUCGAUGUCUACAGCACAGAUGAUCUCCAGAGCUUUUUGAAGGCUAAAAUUGCAGAAGGCUGGGAAGUGGUGGGAACAGCCAGCAAACCCAAGGAUGUGGAAGAUGUCCCUGUCAUCAGUUGCUUGGAAUUUCGGUGGGAUAAACCCCUUAUUGUAGUGAUAGGUAGUGAAGGGGAGGGCCUUUCCCUGGAGACACAGCUGCUGUGCCAUCGGGUGCUGGCCAUCCCCCCUGGCAGAGCCCUGCACCCCGGCAUCGACUCGCUCAACGUCUCUGUUGCUACUGGUAUCCUUCUGCACUCCAUCUGCAGCCAGAAACGGAGGCACGGAGACUGAAAUCCUCUCUGUGGUGGGGGAAGCUGCUCAGCAUUCCCUGGCUCUGUUCAGUGUGGAUAUGGAAGAGCUCUUCCCAGAGUCUCCACCGUCCCUGCAGGUCACAGGCAGAGCCCCACUGGCUGAUGCAGGAUGCCACCAGAUCCCUGGCUUAGUGCCCAGGGCAGACACCUCCUGUCCUGGGUAGCACUGGGGAGGAGCAGCUCCAGGGAGGGGAAGGACGAAGCCAGCCCUGAAAGCAUCCAGCUGUAUCCUUCAGUUUUGGCAGGAAAACACCCAGGGGUGGCUGUGAGCUUCGUGCUUGUCGUGCAUCACUUGAGCUGUGGAGAGAAUUUGGGCUGUGGGGGGAAAGUGCUCGGGUGGUGCUGCCACUGAGCCAAGCCCUGUGCCCACCCUGAGCCCACCCUGAGCCUGCUCAGCAGGGAGAGGGAGUUGCCAAGAGCCUGCUGUGCUUUGGAACCCUCAGCAGGGACUUCCCCAUGAGGAGGUGGUUUCUCUGUGUUUGGCUGUAAAGCAGGUGUGAGCCCUGCCGAGGGAUGGGUGUGAGCUGUUGGAAAAAAACACACAGCCCGUGGAAAUAAAGCUCCUGGAAAGUUUGUUGUAGACUCGAA